AUCAAAUGAACGAGAGCUGCGCCCUCUGAUGGAGAGCGUCGUUACUGCACUCUCUCCUCCACUAUCCCACAAUUCUAAUGUUUACGGCUAGUCGGUGAAAGAUGGCGGACAGCAGUGGCCGUAAUCCUCAAUCACCCGGUUUCACCGAUAAAUUAAAAUCGUGGCUGUGCUGGUCGUGGACGUACAUAUGUGCGCUUUGGUUCGCCAUGGUCUUAACGAUGGUUUACGUGCUGAGGAGCCCUCUGAAGCUGCAGGAGACCGUCAACGCAGCAUCUGUGUUUUUAAACACUCUUACGCCUAAAUUCUAUGUUGCGCUGACUGGAACCUCCUCGCUCAUCUCGGGCCUUAUAUUGAUAUUUGAGUGGUGGUACUUCAGGAAGUACGGCACGUCCUUCAUAGAGCAGGUGUCUGUCAGUCACUUGCGCCCCCUACUGGGAGGAGUGGAGAACAGCAGCUCUGUGGGCCUCUUCUCUUCUGUAAACGGCGAUGCCGAGCCGAGAACCAACGUUGCAGAAUGUAAAGUGUGGAGGAACCCACUGAACCUAUUCAGAGGCGCAGAGUACAGCAGGUACACUUGGGUGACAGGAAAAGAGCCCCUGACAUACUAUGACAUGAAUUUAUCAGCACAAGAUCAUCAAACCUUCUUCUUGGGAGACACUCAGCAACUUAGACCAGAGGACUCUGUAAUGCAGAAGGCCUGGAGGGAGAGGAACCCGCAGGCACGAAUUCGAGCAGCUUACCAGGCAAUUGAACUGAACCGCGAAUGUGCUGCAGCAUAUGUGCUCCUGGCCGAGGAGGAAGCCACAACCAUCACAGAGGCUGAACGGCUUUUCAAACAAGCACUUAAGAGUGCCGGAAAAGACACCAAUCUUGUGGUCUACAUCAAGCGCAGACUGGCCAUGUGUGCAAGAAAACUGGGUCGCAUCAAAGAAGCUGUAAAGAUGAUGAGAGAUUUAAUGAAAGAAUUCCCCUUACUGGGAAUGUUAAACAUUCACGAGAACCUUUUAGAAGCAUUAUUAGAGCUGCAGGCCUACGCUGAUGUACAAGCAGUCCUUGCAAAAUAUGACGAUAUCAGCUUGCCAAAAUCAGCUACUAUAUGCUACACAUCUGCCUUACUGAAAGCCAGAGCAGUGUCAGAUAAGUUUUCGCCUGAAGCAGCGUCUAGACGAGGUCUCAGCACAGCAGAGAUGAACGCAGUAGAGGCCAUACACAGAGCCGUGGAGUUCAACCCACACGUACCAAAGUAUUUAUUAGAAAUGAAGAGUCUGAUUUUGCCACCUGAGCAUAUUCUGAAGAGGGGAGACAGUGAGGCGGUGGCGUACGCUUUCUUUCACCUGCAGCACUGGAAACGGGCAGAGGGGGCGCUCAACCUGCUACACUGUACCUGGGAAGGCACUUUCCGGAUUAUUCCAUACCCCCUGGAAAAGGGUCAUCUCUUCUAUCCUUACCCAGGAUGCACAGAAACUGCAGACAGAGAGCUUCUGCCUUCAUUUCAUGAGGUUUCAGUGUAUCCGAAGAAGGAGCUUCCUUUCUUCAUCCUCUUCACAGCGGGCCUGUGCUCCUUCUGUGCUAUGUUGGCCAUGCUCACACACCAGUUUCCAGAGCUCAUGGGGGUCUUCGUCAAAGCCUUCUUCAGCACCCUCUUUGCACCACUGGGCUUUUUUGCAGACAAGAUGGAGAGUUUUAUGCCCUCCUGCCUGUGGCAUCAACUAGCAAACGUCUGACGUACACACACAGCUCAGACAUACUUGCACUUGAAAACACUACUGUACAUGUGUAACGUGCCCGUUAGCCACCUGUACUGACAAUAAAAAUGUUAUGGCUCUUUG